AUGUUUAGAGUUAUGGAAUGGGGCCAACAAGCGAAAGGUCCUCAAAUGACGGAUGAUCAGCUGUAUGGAUUCCUAGAGUUUGUUCCUGGUGGCUCUAAUCGCUCCACAGUCACCGAGAGCGCCUGCUCAACUCAAGGUGGUUCUAGCAGUACUACGUCUGUUCCGGAACCACCACUGCAAACCCAUGGGGCACAUUCUACGGAUGAAGCAAAAUCUAACGUAGCAGAGCCGUCACAAGAAGGAGAUGCUGAUGGUUCUCAGUUGUUGUCUGUUGACACUAUGGUCGCUCAAAACAAUCAUUCCGCCGGUAGUUUCAAUGAAUGCGGCAUAUGUGGCCCAGCAAAGGCCAUUUGGGUACCUGAAAAGAACUUCAGAAAAAGUGAGACUGGUGAACCACUUGUCGAACAAAUUUCUGAACACGGCCAAAACAUAAAAAUCGAUCCACUUGACACUUUCUGGAUCCAAUGCGAUUGCUGUGAAAAGUGGUUCCAUGGAAGUUGUGUGGGGGUAGAAGAGUACGAGGAUGUUCUGAUCGAUAAAUUUCACUGUGCUCCAUGUGCGCAAACGAGUGGACCAACGAAAAGUGAGCCUUCCGUUCUUUUUUUAUUUUCAUAUGCUUUUUUGGGAUUCUAUUUCUUGUUUCGACUGUUUUAUUUAUUUUUCAUUAUGUGA